AUGUUUGCCCCCUAUCGCUCGCUUUUUCUCGACCCUGCUUGGCGCUCCGAGCACCUCCACGCCCCAGCCAAGUCUGCCUCCGCUCCGCCCCGCCUCAGCCGGUCUACAACCGACCUGCCCGACGACUCGGCCUACAGCCGCCAGACUCACGCUGGGAAGGCCUCAGGGUGCCCGUUCCCGUCGAGAGAGAAUGCGGGAGGUGGCGGACAGCCUUCACGCGUCGCAGAUUCGUACCGCGUGUUCGAGACGGACCGCUCGACCAUACAUGCUGCAACCCCGAGACAAUACUCACGAUAUGCGCGCGCCCCGAGACCGACCAAGCAAGGACAUCUCCAAAGAUACCGAGACGAAGAAGAACAACUGCUGGAGACGGUAGAGCUCUCGGCCUGGCGCCCGCGAGCCGCAGACUGUGGCGUCGACUGUGAUGACUGCCGCUCGAGCUACGAUACCAGUCCUCCGUCCUGGCUGCUGGUCGAGGAACGGCCAAACAGCCCCGCUGACGACUGGGCCGAGUUUUGGUGCCAGGACAGUCGUCAAGCGUAUGAUGCCAUCCUCUGCGCACUCCGCGCAUCGAUCGAGCUGCUGCGGAGUUUUCUUUCACGUGGCAGGAGGUGGCUGUCCCAGGCGCGGGAAUCAUUUUGA